AUGAUUAAUUUACAAAGAGUAUUAGAAGCAACAAAAGACCAUGCGAAUGUUGUUGUACCUGAAUUAGAUCGUUUAGUUAAACUUGAUCCAUAUCUUGCACCAUAUCAAGAUGAAAUUCGAAGACGCUAUUAUAUCUUUCAAAAACUUCUUAAACAACUUGAAAGUGAAGAACAAGGUAUUGAUGUAUUUACAUCUGCUUAUAAACACUUCGGUAUUCAUAUUAAUUCUCAAACAAAUGAAAUAAAUAUUAAAGAAUGGGCACCCGGUGCAAAAGCAAUGUAUAUUCGUGGAGAUUUUAAUAAUUGGCAAGAAAAACAAUAUCCAUUUACACGUGAUCAAUGGGGUAUAUGGAGAGGUACAAUUCCACAUUUACCCGAUGGUUCGCCGGCAAUCAAACAUGGUCAAGCAAUAAAAUUACUUUUGGAAACUUCUGAUGGUGAAUUAGUUGAUCGUAUUUGUCCAUGGUCACGUUAUGUACAACGUCCAGAAAAAUCUAAUGUAUAUCAUGGAGUAUUUUAUAAUCCACCGGAAGAUCAAAUUUAUAAAUUUAAAUAUUCUCAACCAAAAAAACGUGAUCGAUUAAAAAUUUAUGAAGCUCAUGUUGGAAUUAGUUCAUCAAAAGAAGAAGUUUCUACAUAUGAAAAUUUUCGUAUUAAUAUUAUUCCUCAUAUUGUCAAACAAGGCUAUAAUACAAUUCAAUUAAUGGCUAUUAUGGAACAUUCCUAUUAUGCUAGUUUUGGUUAUCAAGUAACCAAUUUUUUUGCUGCAUCAAGCCGUUAUGGUACACCGGAAGAAUUAAAAGCAUUAAUUGAUGAAGCACAUAAACAUGGGUUAACUGUUAUACUUGAUCUUGUGCAUAGUCAUAGUUCGAAAAAUGUUCUUGAUGGACUUAAUAUGUUUGAUGGUACAGCUGGUUGCUUUUUUCAUGAUAGUCCACGUGGUUAUCAAACGCUUUGGGAUAGUCGAUGUUUUAAUUAUCUAACACGUGAAGUAAUGCGAUUUCUUCUUUCUAAUAUUCGAUAUUGGUUAGAAGAAUUUAAAUUUGAUGGAUUUCGAUUUGAUGGUGUAUCAUCAAUGCUUUAUCAUUCACAUGGCCUCGGACAUAAUUUUUCUGGUACAUAUAAAGAAUAUUUCGGUUUAGCAACGGAUACUGAUUCAUUUAAUUAUCUUCAAUUAGCUCAUCAUGUUAUUCAAACGCUUUUUCCUGAAUCAAUAACAAUUGCUGAGGAAGUGUCAGGCAUGCCAACAUUAUGUCGACCACUUGCUGAAGGUGGUGCUGGUUUUGAUUAUCGUUUAGCUAUGGCGAUUCCGGAUCUUUGGAUUAAAUUCUUAAGAGAUAUAAGAGAUGAAGAUUGGCAAAUCGGUCAUAUAACAUGGACAUUAACUAAUCGUCGAUGGUCAGAAAAAAAUGUAGCUUAUGCUGAAAGUCAUGAUCAAGCACUUGUUGGUGAUAAAACAAUAGCACACUGGUUAUUUAAUGAACAAAUUUAUAGUCAUAUGUCGGUUUUUGCUGAACGAACACCAGUUGUUGAACGUGGUUUAGCUUUACAUAAAAUGAUUCGUUUAGUAACAUAUAUAUUAGGUGGAGAAGCUUGGUUGAAUUUUGAAGGUAAAGGAUGA